AUGUCAGAACUCCGGCGCCGCAUCCUGGGUACGGUAACCGGCAGUUCCUCACCAGCGAAUUCGAGAGAGACCACUCCAGAACCUGGCGAACAAACAAAGAUUGUCUCAACAGCAAAACUCGAGAAGCUCGUCAAAAGGAAGACCAGUAAGAGGAGAUCAAGUAUUGUGUUUUUUCUCGGCGGCGUGUUCGGAUUGUUUAUCGCCCUCUUCUUCGCCCAGCAACAAGAGGUGGUCAAGUUAGAAGGACUUCUCGAUGUCAACCUGGACAGCCUCUUCGACGUGCUGCCGGUCAGUCUCGUACAAGAUGCGAAAGCGCUUUCGAAAGCAGAACGAGAUGCUGUCAACUACGAUUCGUUCUCGGUGGGCCUCCAUCUACGGUCUCAGGGCGUCAAAGCGCACCAUCCCGUUAUCAUGAUCCCCGGCGUCAUAUCGACCGGCCUCGAGUCCUGGGGCACCGAGGAAGGCUCGCGUCAGUACUUCCGCAAGCGCCUCUGGGGAUCCUGGUCCAUGAUGCGUGCUCUCGUCCUCGACCAAGCGUCAUGGAAGCGGCAUAUAAUGCUUGAUAAGGAAACAGGCCUGGACCCUCCCGGGAUCAAGCUGCGUGCCGCUCAAGGCUUCGACGCUACUGACUUCUUCAUAACCGGCUAUUGGAUCUGGAACAAAAUUCUCGAGAACUUGGCCACCAUCGGCUAUGAUCCCACCAACGCGUUCACUGCCGCAUACGACUGGCGGCUGUCGUACAUCAAUCUUGAGAAGCGCGACCAGUAUUUCACUCGCCUCAAAAACUACAUUGAAGUUGCCCACAAAAGCUCUGGUGUCAAGCCUAUCCUUGUCUCGCAUAGUAUGGGUAGUCAGGUGCUCUUUUACUUCUUCAAAUGGGUCGAACACAAAGACCACGGUGGUGGCGGCCCGACUUGGGUCAACGAUCAUAUCGAUUCCUGGAUCAACAUCAGUGGAUGUAUGCUCGGUGCAGCCAAGGACAUUCCUGCCGUUCUUUCGGGUGAGAUGAAAGAUACGGCUCAGCUCAAUGCAUUCGCUGUGUAUGGCUUGGAGAAAUUCCUCGCACGUGAAGAGCGCGCCGAGCUGUUCCGCGCCAUGCCAGGCAUCUCGUCCAUGCUGCCUAAAGGUGGCGACGCCGUCUGGGGCAACAUGACUUGGGCACCCGAUGAUCCAUUACCGCCUGCCGACAGCCCUUCGAUCCAGCCCUCGGAAUCCACUGCAUCGACUUCCCACAGCUAUGGCACAUUCAUCUCUUUCAAGCCCCCUUUGAACACAACUCUCACGCCACGGACCAACCUAACCAUCUCCUCCGCACUCUCGUACCUCCUCAGCUCCGCCGAGCCCUGGUAUCGGAAUCAAAUCCUCUCCUCCUACUCCCACGGCGUAGCCCACACGCGGCACGCCGUCGAGCAGAACGAGAACGAUCCGCGCAAGUGGCUCAACCCACUCGAGGCCCGCCUACCGCUGGCCCCCGAUCUGAAGAUCUACUGCUUCUACGGCGUCGGCAAGCCGACCGAACGAGCUUAUUUUUACAAAGACAAAGACCCGCACACGUCUCCCGCAUCCGCAGCAGUGGGCCUGCACAGCAACACCACUGUCAACGUCACCAUCGACACGGCAUAUCACCGGCCCUUGACCCCAACGACCAGCCGGUCCUCCAGCACCGAUGACAACAACAACGCCCCGCCUCCCCCACCGCAAGGCCCACAGAUCGACCACGGCGUCAUUUUCGGCGAGGGCGACGGCACCGUCAACCUCCUGAGCUCUGGCUACAUGUGCGCGCGCGGCUGGCGCGACAUCCACCGCUACAACCCCGCCGGCGCCACGGUCAAGACGUACGAGAUGCCGCACGAGCCCGACCGCUUCAGCGCGCGCGGCGGGCCCAAUACCGGCGACCACGUCGAUAUCUUGGGGCGGAGCAGUUUGAAUGAUCUGAUUCUGAGGGUCGUGGCGGGGAAGGGAGACGAGGUGCAGGAGAGUUGGACGAGUCGGAUUCGCGAGUAUGCCGAACGGGUCAAGGUGUGGGAUGAUGAGGAUGAGCGGAAUGUGGGGAAUAUGGUCGAGGAGGAGGAUGGUGGGGAUGGGUUGGCGGAUGAGUAG